AUGAACUCAUCGCUCAAGAAUGUCAAUUUUAUACGAGUAGCGGUCGAAAUUUUGAGGAAUAACCAUGUAAAUUUUCUGAUUACUUCGUUUUUUAUACUUCUUGCCGCAUAUCUCACUGUUCUGGCAGCAUUCGGUCGGGACUUCUAUGUUCAGGGCGUAACACUGGGUCUUGGUUUUGUAACAGCUGCUAUUGAAAGCGCUGUGAUUGUUUUAGCUGCUAUCUAUAUCUUCGGAUGAGUUUUUGAGAAAAUGAUUCAUGCGGAUAAAACAAUGAUUUUGAAACAAACGCAAAAGAUUGGGCCGAACCGGGAGUCGAACCCGGGACCUCUCGCACCCGAAGCGAGAAUCAUACCACUAGACCAUCCGGCCUCUGGACAUCGCUCCAGUGAAGCAUUUGUUAUGGCGGCCGUUUCGCCUGCCGUCACUGUCCCUAUCAUGCUUGAUUUACAAAGCCAAGGUUUAGGCACAAGAAAGGGGAUACCCACACUAGCGUUGGCUGCGGCUACUCUUGACAAUGUUUUUUGUAUCACCGCGUUCUCAGUGGCAUCUGCGAUUUUAUUUUCAACAGGUAUAAUAUCGUAAGG